AGCGGCAAAGAGCCACAAUAAAAGCAAAAUUAACAAUAUUCACAAACUUUUUAGCCUCAGUUAAGGAGAUUAAUGAUGAGAUUUUUCUUCAACUAGAGUCUCGUUUUGCACAAAUACAAGAAUUAAUUCAUGAAUUUAACGAAAUUCAGGGAAAUUUGGAAACUUUAGUUGAGGAAAAAGAUUUGCAGAAUGAGUUUAUCGAACGCGAAACAUUCUUUAAAUCUUAUUACAGCGAAAUUGCUAAAGCAAAAAAGGUUAUUGCACAACACCAAAAAGAUUCUGUUAGCUGCGCCUCAGAAAGUAAUUCUGAUAAUGGUCGCAUUCAAAACAAUAUUAGAUUGCCACCUAUAGAAGUACCGAAAUUCCGCGGCGAUUAUGAAAGUUGGCUUCAGUUUCGCGAAACAUUCGAGUCUUUAAUUCACACGAACAAUGCCUUAAGCGAUACUCAAAAAUAUCAUUAUCUAAAAACUUCACUCGUGGGUAAUGCUUCAGAAGUCAUAGCCUCUCUCGAAUUUUCUUCAAAUAAUUACAUCGUAGCUUGGGAGCUUUUAUGCGAUAGGUUUAAUAAUUCAAGGCUUCUUAUCCAAAACCAUGUCAAGGCAUUGUUUAAUUUGGAAAUAUCUGGAAAAGAGUCGGCUAAAUCAAUUCGGGGCGUCCUUGACAGUAUCUCAAAACAUUUAAAGGCACUUAAACAAUUAAAACAACCUACAGAUUCCUGGGAUACCCUCAUCAUUUAUAUUACUACAUCCAAAUUCGAUAAUUCCACCGCCCGUGAUUGGGAAGAGUACAUUUCUUCAAAGGACUGUCCUAGUCUUGAUGAUUUAAAAUCGUUUCUGAAAUCCAAGGCCGACCUUUUAGAGACGUUAGAAUUAAAACGAGCUGAUAAUCGAAAUAAAUUUAAUAAAAUUAAUACAACUAGAUCCUUCCUUACUAAUGAAACAACCAAUGCUGGCACUAAUAAGACUUAUAAUCAAAGCGAAAAUCCUCAUUCUAAAAUAAGUUCAAAUAUAGCAAAUAUUACAUGUGCAUUUUGUAAACAAAAUAAUCAUUACAUUCGGAAUUGUGCCGAUUUUCUUAAACUAUCUACGCAGGAUAGAUUAGACCGCGUCAGACAUUUAAACUUGUGUAUUAAUUGUUUGAGAUUCGGUCACAAAAAUACGAUUUGCAGACUAACCAAUUGUAGAAAAUGUAACGGGCGUCACAACACUCUUCUUCACCAUACGAAUCCUGAGAGAAGCACAGAAAAUACGGAAAAUAUUGCUAAUACGUCAACUUCUUUAACAACCUUUAGUUCAAAUGCUAACCAAGUCCUUUUAUCUACUGCGCUUGUUCAUAUUAUUGAUACUUUUAAUCAAGCUCAUACUAUUAGAGCUAUCUUAGAUUCUGGCUCCCAGUCGAGCUUUAUUACUUCCGAAUUAUGUUCAAGGUUGAAUUUAGAAACUAAGGUCGUGUCCAUGGCCGUCAUGGGAAUUAAUGAUGCUUGCUCGGAAAUUAAAAAUAAAUGUGAUGUCAUUAUAGCAUCUCAACAUGGCCCAUUUAAAACGGACAUCACUUGUUUUGUCAUCAGGCAAAUAGCUGGAAUCAUCCCUAGCUAUCCAGUUCAUUCGGAUAAACUCAAUAUACCUCAAAACAUUGUUUUGGCCGAUGCUUCCUUUGCACAACCUGGUCCUAUUGAAAUGUUGAUAGGUGCUGAUAAAUUCUGGCAACUCAUAUCUAUUGGGCAAAUCAAGUUAGGUCCCAAUCUUCCAACGUUACAAAAAACAGUUUUAGGGUGGAUAGUGUCAGGUCCUUGUGGCCCCAAUAUAGGCUCUAAAACACUGUGCAAUUUUAAUAAAAACAUUGAUAUACAAACUCAACUUUCUAAAUUUUGGGAGCUUGAGGAGUGUGAAUCUAAAGCUAAUUUAUCUAAAGAAGAAGAGCUCUGCGAGGAACUCUUUGUUAAACAUACAACCCGAGACGAACACGGUCGAUUUAUGGUAGCAAUUCCAUUCAAGGAUUCCUUAAGCAAGCUGGGAGAGUCAAAGGUUCAAGCAAAAAGGCGUUUUUUAUCGUUAGAACGAAAGCUGUCUCAUGACAUAAAUUUUCAUAAUGAAUACAGUAAUUUUAUGCGCGAAUACGAAAACCUUGGACAUAUGCGAAAAAUUACAACCGAAGAUAAUAUCACUCAAAUUUCUUAUUACAUGCCUCAUCAUGGCGUAUUCAAGUAAGAUAGUUUAACUACACGUUUAAGGGUUGUAUUCGAUUGUAGUUCAAAAACGACCACCGGUAUUGCAUUAAACGAUAUUCAGAUGGUUGGGCCGACAAUACAGAAUGAUUUGCUAUCAAUUCUGCUUAGGUUUAGAACUCAUAACUAUGUGGUUGCCGCAGACAUAGCAAAGAUGUAUCGGCAAGUUUUAGUAAAGCCUGAACAAAGAUCAUUGCAAAGGAUUUUAUGGCGAAAUAAUCCAUCAGAUCCAAUCGAAACAUACGAAUUGCAAACUGUCACUUAUGGUACGAGUAGCGCUGCAUUCCUUGCGAUUCGAAGUUUAUAUCAGCUCGCACUUGACCAUGAGAAAUCUCACCCUGCUGCGUCCACAAUUAUAAAAGAGGAUUUCUACGUGGAUGAUCUUUUGUUCAGCAGUGAUUCUGUCGAGGAAGCAUCUCGAAUUGGUUUAGAACUUAUGCACAUUUUAAGGUCGGGAUGUUUCGAACUUAGAAAGUGGCAUUCAAAUGCUUCCAUAAUCGUUAAAAACAUUACUUCAAAGGCUUCUAUUACGGACAACGUUAUCGAAAUUGGUACAAGUGAUUCAUCAAAAACUCUGGGCUUGGCUUGGUCUAGUAAAGACGAUACUUUAAAGUAUAAUAUAAGUCUAAAACUUCAUGAAACUAGGGUCACUAAACGCAUCAUCCUUUCCUGUGUAAGUCAAAUUUUUGAUCCACUUGGACUUUUGAGCCCUUGUGUGGUAUCAGCAAAAAUCCUACUUCAGAAAUUGUGGUUGGAAAAACUUAGUUGGGACGAGUCAGUUCCACAAUCUAUUCAUACGGCUUGGCUUAGACUUAGAACCGAAAUUUCUCUACUCGACGUUUUCCAAAUACCUCGUAAUACGGUAUGCUGUAAUCCAAAAUUCAUCGAAAUUCAUUGUUUUUCGGAUGCCAGUGAAGCAGCAUAUGGUGCUUCAAUUUAUGUUCGCUCCAUUAAUCAAGAUGGACAAACUAGUGUUCAUUUGUUGUGCUCUAAAACCAAGGUAGCUCCCCUAAAGGUGAUCACUCUUCCCAGAUUAGAGUUGUGUGGAGCAGUACUAUCCGCUAGACUGGCCAAGAAAGUCCAAACUUCUUUACGUCUUCAUGUCAAUAAUAUCAUAUUUUGGACAGAUUCCACCAUUGUCUUAGGCUGGAUCAGAUUGCCCCCAAACGUGUUGAAAACUUUCGUUGCUAAUCGUGUCUCCGAAAUCCAGCAACUGACGAGUGAUCGACCUUGGAGGCAUAUUUCAAGUAAAAGUAAUCCCGCUGACAUCCUUUCUCGUGGCAUGUCCCCAACAGAAUUACAAAAUUGUGCUCUUUGGUGGCAUGGUCCACAAUGGUUAAAUGAUGACGAAUACGCGUGGCCAGAUUCAAAGAUUAUAAUCGAAAACACAUCAGAAUUAAAAACACAAGCUCUCAUCUCGCUUAAACACGAAAGUAUAAUUGACUUUAAUAAAUUUUCAUCAUUCAACCGUCUUAGGCAUACUGUAGCUUAUGUGUUUAGGUUUAUACAUAACUGUCAAAACUUCAAGGAGAAGCUUACUGGAAUUUUAUCCGUUGAAGAACUACAAAAUGCUUUCUCAUUUUUAUUAAAAGAAUCUCAACGCGACUCUUUUGCGGAUGAAAUUAAUUUUCUUUCAAAAAACAAAUCUAUCUCUGCCAAAAGUCAAAUAUUCAAUCUAAAUCCAUUUUUAGAUAAUUCAGGGUUGUUGAGAGUUUGUGGUCGUUUAAAAAAUUCAAAUUUUCAUCGUGAUAAAAUACAUCCCAUCAUUAUUCAUGCGAAACAUCCCCUAUGCAAAUUGAUUUUCAAGUAUGAGCAUGUAAAAAUGUUACAUGCAGGACCCCAGCUAUUACUGUCUAAUAUUCGAGAAACUCUAUGGCCAAUAAGAGGUAGAAAUUUAGCCAAACUGAUUGUGCGAGAGUGCGUUAUCUGCUUUAGAUUCAAUCCCAAAUCUAUGUCUCCAUUAAUGGGUCAUCUUCCAGAAAGAAGACUAGAUGCCGGUUUUCCAUUCAAAGUAUGCGGAGUGGAUUAUGCCGGUCCCUUUCUAAUAAAAAACAAAGGCGGGCGCAGUGCGAUGUUAUCAAAGUGCUAUUUGGCUUUGUUCGUGUGUUUUUCGACAAAGGCGAUCCAUCUAGAGUUGGUCUCAGACUUGAGUACUAACGCAUUUCUUUUGGCGUUAAAACGUUUUAUGAGUAGAAGAGGUAAACCAAUCCGAAUUUAUUCAGAUAACGGGACCAACUUCGUAGGCGCGAACGCGGAAUUGCGGGACCUUGGUAAUUUCAUAAAAAAUAACGGCGAACAAAUGUCCGAAUCGUGUGCCGAGGAAGGCAUUGAAUGGAGAUUCAUUCCAGUGAAUUCGCCUCAUUUUGGGGGAUUGUGGGAGGCAGGGGUUAAGGCUAGCAAGUAUCAUUUAAAGCGGGUAAUCGGAAGAAAUGUAUUGACAUUUGAGGAAAUGUAUACCGUUUUUGUGCAAAUCGAAGGAAUACUAAAUUCCCGUCCAAUUUCUCCUCUUUCAACCGACCCUAACGACCUCAGUCCUCUCACUCCUGCCCAUUUUUUGAUGGCCAAGGCAAUGACAUGGACGCCAGAACCUCCCCUUGAGCAUUUACCAGUUAACAGACUUUCACGAUAUCAGCUCUUAGAGCAAAUGAGACAAAAUUUCUGGACGCGUUGGUCAAAGGAAUACAUCUCCGAACUGCAGCAGAGAACGAAAUGGCGAGAAACUCAACAGCACGCAGCCCAAGGAACCUUGGUCCUUAUUAAAGAGGACAACCUUCCACCAUUGAGAUGGAAAAUGGGCCGAAUUGUUUCAAUCCACCCAGGGAAGGACGGAAUACCCAGAGUUGCUUCCAUACGAACCACAAGCGGAAUCACCAAACGGGCUUGUCAGAAGCUGUGUCCCUUGCCAAUUGAGGACAACGUUGAAAGUGGACCCUUUCAAGGCGGGGGGCAUGUCGGCGACUCCAAGUAAUACCGUUAACUACGGCAACGGUGCAAAAUCCCUUCCCCGGAGGCCGUGCGGUGGCGCGGGCGGUACGCGAGGGAUUGACGCUCUCUUUUGAAGCGAGCAGCGAAAGAAGGAAGACAGAAAGAAACAAAUUUUAUAUUUUGUCGUGCAAUUUUUUGUAAAUACAGUUUAUUUUGAAAA